AUGGCGAGGGCUGAAUUUCUUAAACCUAUCCUUGACCGUGGAUGGCUGUGCGGCGCUGUCAUUGAGUGUUACUUGGCUGAUCUGAGAUUAAAAUUGAAGGAUAGGAGAAUAUGCCCUGCAUGGAGGGCAAAUUCUAUAGUCGAAAAUCGACCGAAAAGGCAGCGAUGGAAAAAGAGAAACCUUGACGCGACGGAUAUUGCAGAAAUGUCAAGUUGCUACGAAAGAUGCGAGCUGGAAUAUUUUGGCACUACCAAGGCUUAUUUCUCGGUUAACAUUGCCAAAUGCCACUGGGUCACCGUCGUCAUGCACAGUGACAAGAAGGAAUUUCAGGUGCUAGACUCGUUAUGGCGCCUUGAGCAGAGCAAGGAAUUUGUGGAAAAGCUGAGAGAAGAAAUCUUGAAGGACGUCGAGUUUGCGAACAAUGAGAUAUCAACAAAGAAGUAUCCAGACGUUUCGAAAUGGGAAAUUAAAAGAUACCCAAUACCUAUGCAAAAUGAUACGAACUCAUGUGGACUGUUCCUGUUAGCAUGUAUGGAGCACUGGGAUGGAGAUGAACUAACGGCCGAAUUUUCGCAGGAAACGAUAAACAAGAACAGGAAUAUGACUGCCGCUAAAAUUAUAAUGUCAGAAUCAAACCUGCUCGAGAAGGCGAAGAAGGAUGUCCUUGACAUCGUGGCGAAAGCACGUGCGUAA